AUGGCUGCAGCAUUAAUCCUUGCAGGCUUGAGCCUGGCUGGAGUGGCCCAAGCCCAUAUUGCCGCUUUUGCCAAGGGAAUGUACUGCGAGAACGGUACUGACCCUUCCAACCCGAAUUUCAACUCCAAUGCUCCUGUGGCACCAUUGUACAACCUUACCCAGGACCAAUGGUGGUUCCAACACGAUCGAGGUUGUGAUUCUGUCCCGCCACCUCCUGGCGUCUUUCUCGAAUUACCCGCCGGUGGCUCUUUCGACGUCGACCUUGCGAAUAACCAAGCAUUUUCAAACCUAUCCUACGGGGGCUCAAAAGUUUCUGAGUGGCCGGAUGGCGGCACUCACCCAGAGGAUUGGAACGGUGGAGGUGUUGGCGAGGGCUGCAUCCAAGACAGUGGUUACAUGCACGUGCAGAACCAGAGCAUGGCUCAAGGGACUGCCUUUGCUAUUGCAUAUGAAAGCGACCUUGGUGCCAUCUCGUUGGAGGACUUGGUUGUGUUUACAGUGUUAGAACACACACCCUGGAAACGGGCGGCAACCUACCAGGUCCCAGCGGCAAUGCCCGCCUGCCCCGAAGGUGGAUGCACUUGUGCCUGGCUCUGGGUGCCAAGGGGAUGUGGUCAGCCCAAUAUCUACAUGCAAGGCUUCAAAUGCAUGGUAACAGGUGCCACGUCCACAGCUCCCCUGGGAAAAGCUCAAGCACCCGUGAUGUGCGACACAGACCCUUCCAAAUGCGUCAAAGGGGCAAAGCAAAUGAUUGUGUGGAACCAGUUGACUGGAAACAACGUCGUGACAACUGGCUCACAAACGCCAGCAUACAACGCACGCAACGGGUUUACGCCAGGUCCGCAGGAUGACAUCUUUGAAGGCGCUCCGUCUACACCGGAGGGACCAGCAUCUUCCUCUACGACUUCGUCCCAUUCGGUCUUCAUCUCCGCCACUGCACCUGCAGAAACCCAUGUGCAAUCCUGGACGACCAGCGCUGCCGGCACCUCAAGCUCUGGAGCAAUUUCUAUAACCCCUCCUACUACAAGCUCCUCUGUUUCACCAUCGUGGACGACUCUGGCGACGGUCGUGAAGCCAGCCUCAACAAGUAGCACUGGUUCCGUUCCAGUUGCGCCACAUUCUUCCAGCAGCGCAAGCGGGGGUAGUUCUUCUCCUGGAUCUCCUGAAACGGUGACAGUCAGUGUGACGGUCACGGUUUCUGCCGCUGGCCCAACACAGACGGGUUUAAAGCAUUUCAAGGAAUGCUGGGUUGAAAUCGACGAGGAAUUGGAUGACUGA